GAAACAGUCAUCGAGGGAAGAAGUAACGCACCGAACUAGCAGUGAAUUAAAUAUAUGAAGUUAUGGUCGUCUCCUACGAUGCUAAGCGACCCGCACAGUCGAUGCUUCGGUACAAAGGUACACUGUGGGAAUAUGUACUCUUUAACGGCUGGUUUUGGUUUUUCUUGGCAAUGAAUCUGAUGUUUAUCGCAAUGCGCGUAACAGGUCUACUUCAUAUAGACGAUGCCCCGCUGAUACCAGCAAGCACGCUAGCAAUAGUAGGUUCGCUAGUGAGUUUCGGAAUGGUGAUAUUUUUGAACACUGUACUGUCCCGAUUCAACGACCAAGUGAAGAUGAUGAUCGCAGUGGGGGGCAAUUUGUUUAACAUCGUGAGCAUGGCCGUGUGUAUGUUCAAAGGGAAGAGUGCCGAGGCACGGGCUCAGCAAUUAGCUAGAUAUGGUAACGCAAUGAAUCAUAUAUGCUAUUAUACGAUGGGCAAUGUCACCAACUGGGAUUACCUGAUCGCGAAGAAUAUACUCACUCUGGAAGAGACUGAAAUACUGAAGACAUUCAGAGGUAAAGCCACUAAUUUGCUGGCGUCAUGGAUGUUUGAUUCACUGGAGAUGGCUAGAGACGAGGGCACCCUGAAGGUGUCUGUUCGUGAAAUGCAGGAGUGUAUAAUGGCCAUGCGUGCCAACACUUCCAUGCUGCAGGAUGUACAGAGAUUCCCGCCACCCCUCGGUUACUAUCACUUCCUGGUCAUGACUCUUCAUUCCUGGCUGGGGCUGCUGGCAUAUAGCACAGCAUACAUACCAGAGAAGCCCGAGAAAGCAUGGAUCGUGUUUUUGCCAUACAUCGUGGUGCUGUUCGCUUACAUGGGCCUAUCCUGCAUCGCUUACGCACAUGUAGAUCCAUUUGGAGAAGAUUCAUCAGACGUUGACAUCAUCGCAGAAAUCGACGGUGUCCUAAGACAGACUCAGCAGAUUCUUAAGAAGUCCAUUCAUCCUGCAUUGCGCAAUCCGCCUAUGACAAAGAAUUUCGACUCAGAGAUAUCGAAAUCACAUAGCAGAGAAAAUACGCCCACUCCUGGAAAAGAGUUGCACCACCAGAUUUCGCUGCCUUUAAUUUUGGUCUAUUUCGCACCCAAAUGGAAGCGGCUGGCCAGGUACUGCAAGGAGUCGAACGUAUCAGAGCUCGGACAUAUCGUUCGUUACCGACACAAAUUGCCCGCAGGUGACAAAGAUGGGUAUGACAGCGCGUCAAUUAUAGAGAUACCCGAUCGCGAUCAGUCGCACAAUCCUGUGCACGUGCAUGAGGGUUCUAUGAAUAUAAUGGAGCACCGUGGCUAUGAUGGGGGUAGCAUGGGCCAGCAGAUUCAUAAAUCAGCGUAGUUGCCACCCUCAAUUCGCGUGGCGAUUGAUUGGCAGCUUUGUGGAUGCUGGUGAACGGUCAAUUGGCAACAGCCCGACGAGUCUUGGUUGGUAGGUACCUGAGCACAAGCAUGUAUAUCACAUGUAGGUCAGACGAGCACUGACAAUACUCUACUGGUGAUGUGGUGGUUAUUAGUGUCUGUGAAGAUACUCAUUGUUGCAGAUACCACACCUGUUUGCACGGGAGUGCAAUCCAUCAAAAGCAUUUUGAGUUUCGGCUGCGCUACGAGCUCGCAUUGGCCAGAGGAGCUCUGGUGUCGGUCGUCCGCUGCUUACCCAUCACGCGUUAGCCUUGUUGGGGUAUGCACGUGUGUACGUAUGCGUACGCCUGAAGCCAUGUGCGAUUGCUUGCACCGAAAGGGUAGUGUACCGAAGUCCCGCCAAAUGUAGAAUCGCGGUGUAAAACUAGGAGCUCCGUGUGGAUUAGCUACACGCACCGACCCUUAAGGGUAUCUAGUUCACAACGCUGACAAAUAGCAAGUUCGCUGGCACUAGGAUAUUUCCCACAUCGUCGGAAACUCCGUGCAUUCCUCUCAGACUCAUCAAGCCGGAAAGGGUCUGUCCGUGUCUGUGGGCACACCAAUGCGUUGACCACGUGGUCGAGUGUGUGACAGCGCAAGUGAAUGUGUAACCACGUGCGUUGAAGACCAAGGAUGCCGUAGGAUGCAAACAUUGGAGACAUGAGACUUAAUAUGCAAAGAAUAGAUGUCAUGAACAGAAUAGGUAGACGUAGGCGUAGAGCAAAGAGACAUGUAAAAGAGUAGAUAGAAAAUAGGGAAUAGCUGCAUGCAGAGACAAAGGUGACUUGCAAAAACAGAUAGAUGCAAAAAAGUGAGACAAGCAAAGGAAAGAGACCCGUAUAGAAUAGAGACACGUGAAACAGACACAUGCUGGGCAAAGACUCGUACAAACAAUAGUGAGGCAUGUAAAGAAUUGAGACAAGAACAGUAAAAAUAGUCUGCAAUCAAUAGUGACAAGCUCCAACUUCCUAGACUAGAUAUGAAUAGAGCUAACAGAAUGUCAUACUGUUUAUCCAUAUCCAAGACAUGGGUGGAAUACAUGAAGAGCUAUGAAGAAUAAGAAGCACGGCUGUGCGAACAAUUAGCGUCCCAAAGCAUCGGGCAUUAAAAUAAAUGACUUAAUUUAUAAUUAUUAAUAUACUGAUCUAAGGUGACCCGAACGAGUGUGAGG